CCGGCUGAGCUGCGCUAGACGGUCCGAGGUCUUCGGGGUCCCGAUACCAACCCCCGCCCUCUAGCGCCAGCCCUCUGUCCGUUCCCGCGGUGUUUUCUUCGCCUUCCAUCCCAGUUUCCCAUCAACGCGUACUCCGCGCAACCUCUACUGCCUAAGAAAAGACUUGCAGACAUUUUAAUAUGCUGCUCUGGACGUCGGCGCUUGAGCAGAGAAAAACUACUGGUACUGUGCACUGCUGGUCAGUACUAGUCGCGCUGUGGCACUGGUCUUCGCAGGCUACCCCGUGCCCGUGAUGCUGUAGGCUAUGCUCAUGGCGUAAGGUGUGCCUAUUUCUUACUUUCUACCAUAUGCGCAAGUCAUUCUAUCACCCCUGCGUGGCGGUGCCACUUCCCGCCCAUAACUAUCUGAUGGCGCAGCUAGUACUGCUCACUGCCUCGCUACGCGUUCAGCUACCGUCGGAGACACAAGGCACUGGAAAAUCUCCUUCGGGAAAAUACUGCGCAUCAACUAAUGCAUCAUCCGGCUUAAUUCCCGCUUAUCUUGCUGGGCAUGCAUCGGGCAUGCAUCCCCUACCCUUGCGCGAUGCACGGCGACGUUGAUUGCGCAGUAUUGAAGAAACCGCAGCAUGAAUCUCGCGGUUCUAUAAAACGCAGAAGGCUGGUGAACGGAGCUGCCGUCCUGGCAGUCAUUCAGGGCCUGCAGGCAAGGUCGCUUGUUGCUCGGGAUGACGACUUCAAUUGGGCAAACUUGACUGCAUCUACCAAUCUUUCCUGGACCUCUUGCUAUGACACCUUCCAAUGUGCGAGACUAACCGUUCCUCUCCAAUACUCCAAUAUUAGUGCUGGUGAAGCACAGGUGGCUCUGCUCAUGUCACCGUCCAAUUUCUCUAAAGACGACCCUAGUUAUCUCGGUCCCAUCUUGUUCAAUCCCGGAGGACCUGGCAGUUCUGGUGUUCAGUUUGUUCAGGAGCUAGCUCCCUAUUUCCGUGCCAUUAUCGGUCCCCAAUAUGAUCUCGUCGGGUUUGAUCCUCGGGGCGUCGGAGAGACUACCCCAGCCCUCUCCGUCUUCAAUAGCCCAGCAGAGGCGCUUGAGUUCUACGCUCCGUAUCCCCUGGAUGUGAACGAAUCCGUCUCGGCGUUUGGGAGGAGUCUCGCAGAUGCUCAGAUCUUAGGAAAGCUGGCUGUCGAUCGCGUCCAGCAAAUUGCCGAGUCAGUGUCUACGGCGGCGGUGGCAACUGACAUGCUGAACAUCGCACGGGCAUUUGGCUUUGAUAAAGUUAACUAUUGGGGGGUCUCCUACGGAACUGUUAUUGGUGCUACGUUUGCGGCCAUGUUUCCUCAAAAUGUCGGUCAUUUCGUUAUAGACGGUGUUGUCAACUCGCAUGAGUGGUAUUCAGGCACGUACCGGUUUACAGGGAAUGAUACAAGCUCCAUUAUGGACACCGACAAGGCGUUGACGUCCAUCUACGAAGCCUGUGUCGAGGCGGGGCCGUCACUGUGCGCCAUCUGGGAGAACAGUACGGACCUCGUUCGUGCUCGCGUCGACAAGCUCAUCAACAAUGUCCACUUGGACCCUGUUCCCCUCAUCAAUGACACGGACCCAUCCGCGAUCACUUUUGGCGUCGUUGACUACUCUACCUUGGUGCAGCAACUUUUCCAGACUAUAUACUUCCCCUUUAGCCAUGCUUCUACCACCACCGAGGCGUUAGCCCAGCUCGAGCAGGGCAACGGCACCCUUAUCUUCCAGAAUUCUGAUACGCAGAUCGUUGCCAAUUCACUGGUCUUUUGUCCAGCCGAAGCCGAUACAGGGGGAUCAUUCGUCUCUUCACUACUCGAUAUCAGCUCAGCCAUCGAGUGCGGUGAUAUUCUUGGAAGCUCCAGCCGGACCUUCCAACAAGCUCGUGAGGACUAUCAAAUCUUGCUGGACCUCUCGCCUUUGUUUGCCCCUACAUGGUAUCCCCUCGGUUCUGGGCUCUGCACCGGGUGGUCCCUCCGAGGAAAGGACGUUUUCAACGGAUCCUUCGCCACGAAUACGAGCAACCCUUUGCUCUUUAUCAGUAAUACCCUUGACCCAGUGACGCCCAUUACGAGUGGACGAAACAUGUCGUCAGGCUUUGCCGGAUCUGUUCUUCUCCAGCAGAAUUCCACAGGUCACACCUCCCUGUCCGGCUUCUCGACCUGCACGGCGAUUGUUAUCAAGGAAUACUUCAACAACGGCACCCUGCCUGUGCCCGGUACGAUCUGUCAGCCUGACUUCCAGAUCUUCUCCCCUGUGAACGAGACGACCAGCGCGCUUCGACGUGCCACUGAACCGGACGCGGGGAACUCGUUCUACGAGGCUAUCCGCGUAUUGGCGACAUCGGAUUUCUUGGCGAGGGCCAACAAGCUCGGGCGGAGGCGUUUACACUUGUGAGGGCCUCGUAUCCGCUGAUAGUGUGUUUUCUGUCUAGUGCGCUGGACUUAUAGCAGUUCCUUCACGGACUUGAUAUUUUUCGUAGCUUACUGUACCGCCAUCUGCAUACUUCCUUGUAGACGUGAA